UUUUCAUUUCCCCCCACCGCCUCCAAUAACACAUCAUUAACCACCGCCUCAUGCGCUCGCCGCCGUCGCAAGGAGAUAGAGAUAGAGACCUGAUAACGUUGUGUCGAAUCCACCGCCGUGAAAAGGAGAAGAAUUAUUUGAAAAAGUAAAAACAAGAAAUGGAGCAGAAACAUAUUGUGAUGUCAGCGGUGGGGAUGGGAAUAGGGGUCGGGGUUGGCCUCGGUUUGGCUUCUGGACAAACCCUAAGCAAAUGGGUUGGUUCUGGUUCUACACCAAAUUCAAUUACACCGGAAAAGAUGCAGCAGGAGAUGUUUAGUCUGAUUGUUGAUGGUAGAGAAAGCAACGUCACGUUUGAUUCAUUUCCAUACUACAUCAAUGGUCAUACGAGGAUCUUGCUAACAAGUGCAGCCUAUGUUCAUUUGAAGAAAUCUGAUUUUUCGAAGCAUACAAGGAAUCUUGCACCUGCAAGUCGAACUAUUUUGCUCUCUGGACCUACUGAACUUUACCAUCAAAUGCUUGCAAAGGCAUUAUCUCAUUACUUUGAAUCCAAACUGUUGUUGUUGGAUGUUAACGAUUUCGCAUUAAAGAUGCAAAACAAAUAUGGAGCUUUCACCAAACCCUCUGGUCUGAAAAGGUCUAUUUCAGAGGUAACCUUGGAGAAGAUGUCAGGCUUGUUUGGAUCAAUUUCUAUGCUUUCAUCGGAUCAAGAAGGCAAAUCUACUUUCAAUAGGCAAAAUACCAGCGUAGAUAUUGGAUCAAGGGGAAGUGAAGCUUUUAGUGCAACAAGACAUCGGAGAAACGCUUCCACUUCAUCUGACUUGAGUGAUCUAGGCUCCAGUAAUACCAAUCCAAAUACAGCUUCUCUGAAAAGAACAAAUAAUUCAAUAUUUGAUGAGAAGCUUCUGGUACACACACUUUACAAGAUUCUAGUUUCAGUGUCGAAAAAAGAUCCAAUUGUUCUGUAUCUUAGGGAUGUGGACAAGCUAGUAUGUAGAUCUCAGAGGCUUUACAACUUGUUCCAGAAAAUGUUGGAGAAACUUUCAGGACCCGUACUGAUCCUUGGUUCGCGAAUUCAGGAUUCAGCGAAUGAAUAUAGAGAAAUGGACGAGAGGAUUACUUCUAUCUUCCCUUAUAAUAUUGAGAUUAAGGCACCUGAAGAUGAAACUCAUCUUGUGAGCUGGAAGACACAGCUUCAAGAGGAUAUGAAGAUGAUCCAGUAUCAGGACAACAAGAACCAUAUUGCUGAGGUCCUGUCGGCUAAUGAUCUUGAUUGCGAUGAUUUGGGUUCAAUCUGCUUGGCUGACACUAUGGUUCUUGGUAACUAUAUCGAAGAAAUCGUUGUGUCUGCAAUCUCUUAUCAUUUGAUGAAGAAUAAAGAUCCUCAUUACAGAAAUGGGAAGCUCGUUAUUUCUUCAGACAGUUUGUCUCAUGGACUAAGCAUAUUUCAAGAAGGGGAAUUCUCCGGAAAUGACACACUCAAGCUUGAAGCACAACAGGAUGAAGCUGGAGGGGUGAAUCCAGAACCGAAGAACACACCGAGUGAGAUCAAAAUUGAAACAGAAGUUCCAGUUGCAGUUGCAGCAAAAGAUGGCGAUAAUUCGGUGUCAGCAGCUAAAGUCCCAGAUAUUCCGGACAAUGAAUUUGAGAAGAGGAUUAGACCAGAUGUGAUACCCGCAAAUGAGAUAAAUGUUUCAUUCGAAGAUAUAGGUGCGAUGGAAGAGAUUAAAGAAUCACUUCAAGAGCUAGUCAUGUUACCUCUCCGAAGGCCAGACCUAUUUGCAGGCGGUCUUCUAAAGCCAUGCAGAGGAAUACUGUUAUUCGGCCCACCAGGAACCGGAAAGACUAUGUUAGCCAAAGCCAUUGCUAAAGAAGCCAAUGCUAGCUUCUUUAACGUAUCCAUGUCUACAAUCACAUCUAAAUGGUUUGGUGAAGACGAGAAGAAUGUGCGAGCACUGUUUACACUUGCAGCCAAGGUCUCACCAACAAUAAUAUUUGUGGAUGAAGUCGAUUCCAUGCUUGGGCAGAGGUCUAAAGGAGGAGAACAUGAAGCCAUGAGGAAAAUAAAGAACGAGUUCAUGACUCAUUGGGAUGGGCUUUUGACGAAACCUGGCGAGAGGAUUCUCGUGUUGGCAGCGACAAACAGGCCGUUUGAUCUCGAUGAGGCUAUUAUAAGACGUUUCGAGAGGAGGAUUAUGGUUGGACUACCAUGUGUAGAGAACCGGGAGAAGAUUAUGAAGGCGUUGGUGUCGAAAGAAAGUGUUGAUGAAGGAUUAAACUUUAAGGAGCUUGCCACCAUGACUGAAGGAUAUAGUGGAAGCGAUCUGAAGAAUCUUUGCACAACUGCUGCUUACAGACCAGUUCGAGAACUAAUCAAGCAAGAGCGACUCAAGGAUAUGGAGAAAAAAAAGAGAGAAGAUGAAGGAGGAGAGGUGGAGACAGAAGAGAAGAGGUCGAUCACGAUCAGACCACUGAACAUGGCGGAUUUCAGGGAAGCGAGAACUCAGGUAGCAGCAAGUUUUGCUGCAGAAGGAGCAAUAAUGAGUGAGCUGAAACAAUGGAAUAGUCUAUAUGGAGAAGGAGGAUCCAGGAAAAAGGAACAGCUUACUUACUUCCUCUGACUCACUCAACAACAUUACUCUCCACUCCACUUCACUUCAUCCUAUGUAUGUAUUAUGUAUGUUUUUACCAAAGUCUAUGUUGUUUGUAUAACAGUAAGUACUAUCUAUAGUUUUAGUUUGUGUUCUUCAGAGUACUAAACCACAAACCAAACCAAAAAACAUGUGGUGGUUUUCAAUAAUAUGUUUAAUUUAGGA